CCGCGGGAACGGUCUACUGUCUUCGGGUGUCUACUAUAUUCGGGCUACCAAGUACCAAGAAGCGUUGGAAGCCCCCAGAGGAGCAGCAACCAGCCAACCGGACCCGCCAGAACCGUCCGAAGGUUCAGUCUACUCCGUGCGCCCAAACGGUCCAGACCUGUUCAAGAAUCACUUUCCAGUAUUUCACUGAUUACGUUUUUUUUAAUAAAUAUCCAAAUAUUGAGUUCAACUGUUUGUCAACUGCAUCACAUUGUCGUGAUUAAUACCGGUUUCAUGAGUCGUUAUAUCUUGUGAAAUCAGCGAUCAUCAGGAUUUUGGAAUUAACCAGGAUCACCAGGAUAUUCGAGGGUCUCUGCCUGUUGACUUUCACCCAUCAUCAGCGGUAGCCAAUUGUGGAUACAGCACCGCAUCCUUGACUCCACCUGACCUAGAACAAGGAGUUGAAUAUAAAAAUUAAAAAAACAAGUAAAAAUCAAAAGUUAAUUACUCACUCGAUCCAGUGAAUAAUAAUUGCACACCGCAAGGAUUGCUGAGGUGCGAGGAAGAGGCAAAUAUUUGGUCGCUGGUAGACACUGCGAUCCGUUGAAAAGUCAGUCUUCGGGAGGGAAAAAAAAACUUGAGGAAAAAAAGAAUCGUUGAAGGAGGUGGGAUAGGUACCCACUUGGCAAUAGACGGAAAAGGAGAGAGGAGGACGAGAAGGAGAGAGAGAGAGAGAGAGUGAGUGAGAGAGGCGUAUAGUCAAGUCUGUUGAGGUCUCGUGAACGAGGGAGCGGUGGGAAUUUAUAAGGAUGUUCGCGAUAAUGCCGAUGGAGACAGAGGGGCACGGCAGGGAGUUCGGCCGCCGGCAGAAGAUGCGCGCCAAGUGCACAGUCGAGUUCGUCUGCAAGUACUGCCAGCGGCGUUUUACCAAGCCCUAUAACCUCAUGAUACAUGAGCGCAGUCACAAGGACGACGUGACCUUCACCUGUGAGGUCUGCGGAAAGUCCUUCAAACGACAGGACAAUCUCAAACAGCACAGAUGUGGGUGGCGGUGAGCGGGAGCUCUGAAACCCCCUGCACCUUCCACACAACAACAAAAACAAAUUAUCGAAAAACGGCGAACAAAAAAAAAAAAUAGUAACACGAGUACACGAAUCCUCCCCCUGUUCCCAACUCUGAAGAUGAUUUUUUGAAAUAAUUUAAAUCACCCGCUUCUUGAUCACCGGGCUACCCAAUUGUUAGAUUCACACGAUAUGACUCCAGCAUGCCUUCUCUUCUCACUCUCCUAACAAACUAUAAAAAAAAUCUACUAAUUAAAAAAAUUUAUUAUUGAAUGAAUUAUCCAUGCGCUAAAAAGGCAGUUCCUCAUUCCCAAUAUUUCGGUCAAUCUCUGUUCCAGGAGCAUACACUCUGUUCCUUACAAGGGUUCCAACGGCUACUCGAAUGGCUAUUCGAAUGGCUACUCUAGGUAUUAGAAGCCAUGUCCAGCCGACCCCCCCGCCCUUACUCCCCACCCCAAUCUCCCCCGUAGAUGAUUUUUUUUUAAUUCCAUUAUUUUUUUUUUCAUGAAACUAUCUGUAGAAUUCUAUCUGCCAGUAAAUGUAAACAAGAUUUCUUAACCCAUUUCCCCUUUUUAACCCUCAACCCUACGAAAUUCGAGAGGAGAAAUUAACAAAAGUAAAGAUGCUAAGAUACACCGGAUGUCACCGAGCUAUCGCCAUUUUGGGAUUUAAGUCCCGAAUAAUACGGACAUGGAUGGAAAAUCUUGAGCUAUCGUUGAAACAUCUGUAAGACAGUGGCGCGUGGAUAAAAAUAAAGCAAUAUUUAUUUUUGGGCCUUAUUACACCGUGAGGGGGCCCAAUGUGGUGAAUUCCUUCGGGCAGAUGUCCGUAAAUUGGACUACGUAAUAACCGGCCCCAUCGUCCGACUGGAUGGAGAAACCUGGCUACCGAAGUGUAGCAAUGAACGGCUACUGUGAAGCACGCCCAGGCCCCAGGCGACAUUUGGGCCUCAUCUUCGGCCAGCUGUAAUGCCGGUGCUUCCACCAGUGAUACUGAUAUUAUAGCGGUAUAUAAUUGACAAAAUUUAUUCCACCAUUAUCAUCAUUCAAUUUUGAAUUGUUUUACUUCUGAAAUGGGCUUCACCUGAUAACACAAUUGGGCCUUACGUUAAAAUUCAGUGUUUUCUGAUAAGAUAGCGUGCGCAACUGUACAUUGAUACCCGACUACUUGUUCAGUGCUUGAAAUGAUGAAAUUACGAGCAUUUUAACUUUGUGAUACUGUCAGAACUUAUCAGUGAAUUGUUAAGUCCCAAAAUUAAAUGGGACUCAUUUUCGGCCAAUCUGUAUUUGUCCGUAAUUAGUGAAGCAAUGGUGAGCAAUCAGAAAUUGGGUUUAAAAUUCAGUGAGGACGUUUGGGCCUUAUCACAAAAAAAAAUCAAUUUUUUUUCAAUGUAAUGUUCACGUCAAAACGCAGACUCUUCCAUAAUUUUCUGGUUGACUUGGCUUGAUCAGAUCAAGAGAAGCAUCAACAACAUGGUGGUCUGAGGGGUUCCGUACGGUCCAGUUUCCACUGGGUAAACAGCAAGUCUCCGCUUGUCACUUUGUAUUUCAACCGCGACAAUUAUCACAUCUGCCAAUCUAAAUCAAUCGCAUGGAAAUGGCCACAAAUGAUUAAUUGAAUUUUAAUUCGCGCGUUUGCUCCAGUCAAUCGAUGUCUGUCGAUACCAAUUCCCUUUACGUCAUCGGUUUGGGACUUGUUACAUAAAAAAAAAACUUAACAUUCGGAGAAUUUUGCCAUGAUUUUGACCUCGAAUCACCUUCAAUUUAGGUUUUAUUAAUUAAUUUACACGCCUUAUUUAUUUAUUUCUUAUUUUUCAAUCAAUAUAAAUAUUCUUCGGUUGAUUAAAAUGAACAAAGGAGUCAUUCGAGGUCCAGAUCAGCGGUGUAAUUAAUUUUGAAAGAAUAUUAUUCAUGAGAAUAAACCGGUGAAUCUAGGCCUCUCCUCUCAUUUCAUUAUUCACGAUUCUUAUUAGCUAUGACAUGUGAAAUAAUAUAAACAUUGUGUCGACGGUUGUGGCGACUCGAGGGUCUAUCGAGAUAUAGCUUUCCAGCCUGAUUCAACGAUAAAUUAAAAAUGUCCCUCAAUAGAAAAAAAAAAUUGGAGCAGCGACAAAAAUUAUAGCAGAGAAAAAAAAAAUUCUAACUUGAAAAAAAAAAUGAAAUGAGACUGCAGUCGCGCUUUGUAAAUAGCUUUACUGUGUUUUUAAUAUUAUUAUAUUAUAUAAAUAAUACGAUCAAUCAUAUAUUAUUUUAUAUAAAUAUUAUCAAAAUAGUUGGAUAGUCAUUUUUUUCUGGCGCUGAAAAAAAAAAUGUGAACAUAUUCUCCUGUCAGUGAAAUCAUGUCUCGAGAGUAUGCAAUAUUUAAAAAAAAAUUGAUUUUAUAUUAUAUUAAUUCUCUUGUCCAUGCUCUAGUAUUAUUUCCGCCCCAUUGUACCUAGUACUAGGAGUGAUAAUAAUUUUAUUAAUUAUAACAAUUUGUAAAUCUAAAAAAUUUUGACAUUUGUUUUCUUUCACUGAGAACCCUUCCCACAGUUUUCCCUAUGAGUAAUGAACCCUUACAUUUGCAUAAUCUAGUGAGUGAAGCUAUUGGAUGCAGUGAAUACUUCCAGUUCUGCGCAAUGAACAAAUAAAAAGCGAUAAUUAUUACCCACGAGGAUAAUCCUCCUGGGAGU